CUCCACCCCAGCCCGCCAUGGCGUCAGCCGCUGCAACCCGGGGGAGGAGGUUCCCACUUUAAGAAGUGAAGUUUUCCUCCCCCUCCCCCUUCUGCCCACCUCUUGCCGCCUCCCGCGCCCCGCGGGGCCGCGGAUGGAGCUCCGCCGCGGCGGCGUGGGGAGCCAGGCUGCGGGCCGGAGGAUGGAUGGGGACUGCCGUGAUGGCGGCUGCGGCAGCAAGGACGCCGGGUCGGAGGACUACGAGAACCUACCGACCAGCGCCUCGGUGUCCACCCACAUGACAGCGGGAGCGAUGGCCGGGAUUCUGGAGCACUCCGUCAUGUACCCAGUGGACUCCGUGAAGACACGAAUGCAGAGUUUGAAUCCAGAUCCCAAAGCCCGGUAUACAAGUAUCUAUGGCGCCCUCAAGAGGAUCGUGCACACAGAAGGCUUCUGGAGGCCUCUGCGGGGUCUGAACGUGAUGAUGAUGGGUGCAGGGCCUGCACACGCCAUGUAUUUUGCCUGCUAUGAAAACAUGAAAAGGACUUUAAAUGAUGUUUUCAGCCAUCAAGGAAACAGCCACCUAGCUAAUGGGAUAGCUGGGAGUAUGGCCACCCUGCUCCACGACGCCGUAAUGAACCCAGCAGAAGUGGUGAAACAACGCUUACAGAUGUACAACUCACAACACCGGUCAGCCCUCAGCUGUAUCCGGACGGUGUGGCGGACCGAGGGGUUGGGGGCCUUCUACAGGAGUUACACCACACAGCUGACCAUGAACAUACCUUUCCAGUCCAUCCAUUUCAUCACCUACGAGUUUCUGCAGGAGCAGGUCAACCCCCGCCGGGACUACAACCCACAGUCUCACAUCAUCUCAGGAGGCCUGGCUGGUGCGCUGGCCGCGGCUGCCACCACCCCACUGGAUGUCUGCAAGACCCUCCUCAACACCCAGGAGAACAUGGCGCUCUCCCUGGCUAAUGUCAGCGGCCGGCUGUCAGGCAUGGCCAAUGCCUUCCGGACGGUGUACCAGCUCAAUGGCCUUGCUGGUUACUUCAAAGGUAUCCAGGCUCGAGUCAUCUACCAGAUGCCUUCCACCGCCAUCUCCUGGUCCGUCUAUGAGUUCUUCAAGUACUUCCUCACGAAGCGACAGCUGGAGAAUCGAGCUCCGUACUAAAGGAACGGGGGCAGUGGGAAGUGGUUCCAGCAUCUUUUGUUCCUGCUUCACGUCCUUGUCCUCCUCGCACCCAGGCCCUGUCCUGCAGGGUGCUCACGCCGGGGGGCCCUUCAAUUCCCUGGUGCCUUUGAAAGGGAGGACCGGCCUCUACUCAUCAGGAUGCUGUCUGUGGACACAUCUGAGGUGGUGGUAGGUGGGAAAAACUUGGGGAGAGUGAGAAAUUGCUUUUUUCUCCUCCUUCCUCGAGAAAGGAAUGUAGCCUUUCUGCCUCACUGUGGCCUUCUCCUCCCCCGAUCUUUAGAUCUCAUUGCAGAGGGGAACAGUGACCCAGUGAAGAAAAAGCUUAUGUACAUAAAAGUACCAUUACCCAGUCUCAAAUAGGUGGAUAAUGUUUAUCCUUUAUUUUUCUACAUAGAGAUUUUUGAAAUUGUGUGUGCUUGUGUAUGUCCAUAAAUAGUGUUAGAGUUGGGGCGAUGGACCUGUU